AUGGAAGAUUUCUAUGUUUAAUUUAAAGAGUUUUAUGAUAAAGUUAAAGACAUCACAAAUGUUAGAUUCACCUAUAUGAAAGAAUUAUAUAAUUUAGGUUUAGAACAAUUCCCUGAUAAUCUGGAGAUUUUAAACUUUUAAAAGAAUAACUAAGUUAGCAUGUAGUCUGGAAACACAAAAUUAAAAAAGAACUGGUCAGAUGAUGACAAAAGAGUAUUAAUAUGGAUAAUAGGAAAGUAUAUGGCUUACAACAAAAGAGAUUUCAAACAAAUUGUAAUUUUUUGAACUAUAAUCUUACAAUAGUGUGAAGAAGACUGGUAGACUAUAUCAUCAAUGAUGUUGAGAAGAGAUUCUUUCCAGUGUAAGUAAAAGUGGCUUUAGAUGUUAAAAUUACCUCUUUAAUAAGCUCCAUGGGGACAAAAUGAAGAUGAAGCUUUAGUUCGAAUUAUAAGUGAAUUUUAAGCUUAGAAUAAAGGAAAUAAAUGGAGUUAAAUUGCAACUGAACUUAAUAAAACUACAGGUCUCAAUGUUCAUAGAAAUGGAAAGUAAUGUCGAGAGAGAUGGAAUAAUCACCUAAACCCAUCAAUUAAUAGGUUAUAAAUUAUUAAUAAAUAGAAAUCCAUGGUAAUAAUUAGAAGAUUUGGAACUCAUGAGAUUGGCCAUUUAAAAUGGAAAAAAAUGGGCUUUAAUUUCUAAAAAGUUGAAAUUAUAGAGAAGUGAAAACAAUGUAAAAAAUAGAUUUAAUUGUUUAAUGAGAAAAGAAAAGAGUGGCAAAAAUAUACCUUAAUCUUAAGAUGAAAGUGAUAAUGAUAAUUAAUAAGAAUCAUAUCUAUCAGAUCCAUCAGCUGAAGAAUUAAAUCCAGAAGAAAUCAAAUAAAUUUAAGCAAUAAUCAAAAAGAUUGAAUGGAGAAUGAAACAGGAUGGAUCUUCUUAUGAAAUCAAAUAAGAAUAUUAAGAUCAAGUAUCAAAAAAGGUUUAAUUGGAUAGAAGAGCUUUAAAAAAUAAAUUAUAACAAUAGGAUAAUACGAACAACAAUAAAAUUUAAAAUGUAAACAAUUUCAACAAUAUCAAUAUUAAUAUUGAGAACUUUACUCAAUCUAAUUUGAAUGAACAUAUUAAUAACAAUUCUAAUUAAAUUUAAUUAUAAGUUAUGGAAUAUAAUUAAAAUGAAGAUUAGAGUUAAUUAUCUUUCUGUUUAGUAAAUAAAGAGAGAGGAUUCAUUUAUUUUUUAAAUUAAGAUUAAUUCAAUAAUUAUACAAAAAAUUAAAAUUAAAUCAAUAACAAUCCAUUAAUUAACUUGUCUAGUUUUUUAGGAGCUCAACCUGCUGUAAAUAAUCUAAAUUUUUAAAAUAAUGUUGCUCUAAAUACAAACAUUGAACUUGGUUAAUAACAGAAUUAAUAAAAUAAUAAUUUAGAAUGUUUCUCUGAACAUUAAAGUUUAAACUCUUAUUAUUAUUAAUGUAUGGCAAUGAACAAUCCUAUGAAUUUUAAUUAACUUCCUCCUACAAGAUCUUAUCUUAACUUACCAACUCAUUUAAAUAAUAAUUUUACUUCCAACCCAUAAUAUCUUUCCGGAUAUAAUUAUCAUGUUACAUGUUAUCAAUAAUAAUAAUAAUAACAAUAAGCAUCAUAGAUGAUGUAUUAAUCACAAACUAGUGAUAAACUAGAUCUUUGA